AUAGUUUUACUUUUAAAUUUCACCUUACUUUUUUUAAUUGGUGAAAAAUAUAAUAAUUAAUAUGCAUAACCCUAUUGUUUAUGCUUCUAAAUUACCGACCUUAUACCAAUUAAUGACUAAAUGGAAAUUUGAUGUUAUUUUUGUAACAUGGCUAAAUAUGAACUGUACCAGUGAUCAGAUUGGUGGACACUAAAUUGAAGGCUUUUUUCAGAAGUGCCAAAUAGAAUGAGUGUCCAUUGCCAUUUCUUGUUCAAUGCACUUUUACGUCAUUGUAUAUUAUGUAUAAUGAAAAGCUACUAAUUUACAUUUCAUAUAAUGGUAUUCUGAUUCAAAUACAAUCACUUGCUGUAUUAAUGUCAUCCAUGUUCAAGCAACAAUGCUCAAGGCUAAGAUAUAUAAAACAUUUUUAUGAUAUAUUAAUGGCUUUCAAUGACAAUUGCCUUUUAAUAAUAUUCUACAAGUUAAUGAUCGCAACAAACUUGUAUCAUUGCCUGAUGAAAUCAAGCAGAAAAUUGAUGUGAAAGUCAUGCUGUUGUUUUUUUAAAUUUUCAUAUUUUUGGAUAUAAAGUUAGGUAUAUAAAUGUAAGUCUCAUAACAUGUGGUAUCAUAUUAAUGACUGCAAUACUUGCAAUAUGCUUUUGUCAUUGACGUUUUUUGUUUCUGACUGUUAACCUCAAGAUAUUUCAUUGGGUAUACUUGAAAGCUUGACAUAUAUGGAAUGGUCGCAGCUGGCACAAUACUUGAUGAAUGGUUGUUAGAUACUGGAUAGGUCUAUCAAGGACUUUGGCUUUGGGCUGUAAUUUACCGAAAGCUGUAAAUUACCUAUUUGCUUUAUCUGUACACGUUUCUGUCAGAUCGAUACUGCAACAGCUUGAGCAUAUCUACCAUCUCAAAUGGAAAUUUUCUGAUUCUUUCCUUUGAAACAGUUUGACUACAUGCUAAAAUCAAGUGACGCAUAGCUAGACGUAAUUUAUACAACACACAAAAACUGGAAAUGUCGAACUAUGACGAUGACGAGGAUGUACUUCCCUCGAGCGCAGAGAUCCAGCAGAUGAUGUCGGAGAAAGCGAAGGAACUGUUCACUGUGUGUGAUGCGGAGGAGAAGGGGUUUAUCACGAAGCGAGACAUGCAGCGAUUACAAAGUCAGCUGCCCCUGUCGCCAGAUCAACUGGAACAUGUGUUUGACUCAUUGGACGGGGAUGGGAAUGGUUUCCUGACUCUGGAGGAGUUCACCGAUGGAUUCGGCGGUUUUCUGGGCAUGCGGAGCAGUGACGAUUGUUGUGGGGAGAUGUCCUCAGGAGCAACAUACUCUGAGACAGUUGACCCUGCAGAGGAGGAGCAGAACUUCCAUGAUGUAAUGGAGCAACUUGGCGCGGCCAGUCUCAUUGAGGGGGACUCCACCAUCAAGCAUCUGUGGUGCCGACUGCGGAAGGAUGACUCUGAUAUUGCCUCUACAUUUGAAGACUUUUUGUUCCGAAUAUCAAGUGAGCUUAAAAAGUCCAAGUGCGAAUUUAACAGCUUGGAGGAAGCUUUGAGAAGUAAGACGUCAGCCCACGACGAGGAAGUCCGCAAGCUGUACGAGGAAAUGGAAACACAGAUCAGGAACGAGAAGCAGAAAAUACUGAAUGAGGAGCGUGCAAAGGAGCGAUCACUGCGAGAGGCCAUGGAACAGGAGCUAACAGAGAAAGACAGACACCUACAGGAGCUUCUCACCCAGCACACUGAGAUGGAGGAAAAGCUUGGCUUUCUGAAUACAGUGGAGGCUGAGACCAAAAUCGAAAAGGAAAAACUAGCAAAGGAAAAGGAGGAGCUUGAGGAGUCAUUUCACCGGAGCCAGAACAGCCUCACGGAGUGUCAGGCAUAUAUCAACCAGCUACGACAACAGCAGAAGGAUGACAAACGUGAAAGAGCAAAGGAUGCGCUGAAACUUACAGAAGGCAUUGCGUUGGAACGUGAGACACUUGUCAGCCAGCUUGAAAAACUCAAGACGUUAAAUCGUCGUCUACAGGAUGAAAAAGAUGAAGCUGUUCUAAGGCGGGGAACAUCCUAUCAAAGCACAGCAUCUGAGCUAGAGCAGGCAGAAGAGUCCAUGUCACAGGGGGACAACUCUGUCAGUCGACGGGGGGAACUGGAGAGACAGGGAUCCUCACUCGGAAAAUAUUUCAAUACAAAAAGAGUUCCAACGACUGGCGGUGCAGAGUCGAUCCAAGAGAAUCUGACGGGGGAGAUGAACGGCAGCCAAUUUUAUGAGGUGGAGUGUGAUGACGACGUUUACACAGAAGACCAGACACCUUCCUUCAUACACCAUAACUCCCAGCAUGCAUAUCAUCAUGGCAACCACCCUCUCCACAGCUCUCCAAUCAUCAGGCAGCAUGGCGACAACCGAACCAUUGCAGACCUUGAAGAAGACGGUCAGGUGGCAGAACUCGGGCAAACGGCAGAAUUCGGGCAGACGGCUGGCAGACUACAAAGAGGCAAGCAGGAUGACACACACGACAGUGACCUAGAUACACAACAGAGCAUUCCAAAGCGCACCCAAAGUCCAAAGCCUACCCAAAGCCCAAAACUGAAGCAUUUAAGCCCAGAGGAGAGAAUAAGGGCAGUGAGCCCGCACUUUGAUCAGAUCGCGUACACCACUACAGCAGUGACUAACUUUGCACGCAUUAAAGACAGUGAAGGAAGCUUGUACAGUCCAGACAGUCCCCGCACCCAGCCAGUCGGGGCUGAUGAGGUUGGGGCUGAUGAGAUGAGUGAUUCAGGCAUACAGUCAACAAUGGAGCCAGCGGCUUUACAGCGAAUCUUUAAGGUCGUGUUUGUGGGCGAUUCAGGGGUCGGAAAGUCCAGCUUUAUCCACAGAUUCUGCACGGGGAAUUUCCGUCCCUCGUUUGCAGCUACUAUCGGGGUGGACUUCCAGAUCAGGUCGAUGAAUAUUGAUUGUCAGGUUAUUGUGCUGCAGCUUUGGGAUACCGCUGGGCAGGAAAGAUUCCGCAGUAUAACAAAGCAGUACUUUAGGAAGGCAGAUGGAGUGGUCAUUAUGUACGACAGCACAUCAGAGACAACAUUUACCAACGUCCGAAACUGGAUGGACAGUGUCAAGGAAGGAGCCAGUGAGGAUGCAGUUCUUCUGUUGCUAGGCAAUAAAAGUGAUCUGUCAGAGGAUGACGACAAGAAGGCCAUCAAGAUGAAGGAUGGGUCCCACCUUGCUGAUGAGUUUGGUACACUGUUCUAUGAAACCAGUGCUCUAAAUGGAGAAAAUGUGAAGGAAUCAAUGGAGGCCAUGGCUAGGUUGCUGAAGGACAAAGAGGACAAACAGAUAGAGAAAUCCUUCAAGCUGGAUGACACUCCUGCCAAGACUAAGUGCUGCAGCUUCUAGAGACACGCUGACCUCUACGAAGUUAUUCAUCUGCAAGUUUGACUCACUACUGGACUAAAGCUACUGACCACAAGACUGGUUGACAUUUCUGCAAAUUCUAGUUCAACAGUGGCUGUCCACCUGCCAGGUCACCCUUUUAUUCCUUGAUCCCCAAACACAGACCUAAAUCAUUCACUGCUGCUGCAACACCUAAGUUGAGCCUAUCCAUGGAUUUACUCUGUUGAAACUUCUAGUCCCUGAACCUCUAAAUACAUAGACUUCAAAGCUGGACAAUACCUGUCUGUCGUUGCAACAUGCAGUGGCCCAUUUCAGGACUGAUCAAAAUUCCAACUGCUUAGGAAUGCAUGUUGCUGCAGUUUAAGCCCUCUCCCCAAGCUUUUACAAUUUUUAGCCUUACCCUCACUUUUAACCUUGAUGAACCCAGCACAACCAGCUGCUGCAACCACUCCUCAUCUCCACCUCAUACUGAACUUAUGGCUGCUGUUUAGUUCACAAUUUUAUUUUAGACUUCAUAAUGAUUGUGUUGCUGCUGUUUUUAAUCCUUCAUGUAGUUAACUUGAGUGACUUUGAGGGUCCCUAUAAGCUUUACAGUGCUCCUAUGCAUGUAACUGUUUACUUUAAGUUUGGUUAAUGCCUGUCUAUUAAACUGAUGUAUUAGGUUUACUUAAUGUGUCCUCAAGAUGGCACAAAUAUUACUGGGUAUGAGACUGUGCCGUUAGAUAGUUGAUUGUAUAUCAAACAUUGUGUCCAUAGUGUUUAUAAUAUGCAGUUUGUUUUUCAAAGAAAAAGACCAGAGAUCACUAGCCUUGACUUCAAAAACCUUUUAUAUUCUAAUGGAACUUUUGUUGAAAGAGACAAUAUGUACAUGUACAGUGAGCCCAUACCUCCGGCUUUAAUGAUCAAUCAGGUUUGCCCCUUUUUCAACUGAAAUAUAACAGACCAGAGUUGGCAUUUGCAUUGUGGCGCUCUUGUUUUCAGUUUGGUCUGCCUAUUUAUAUCCAUGUUCCUAGCUCAGUGACACUAUUUAUGAUCAGGGGCCAUAUUAUUAAAGCAACUGAGUGAAAUUUUCAACGGAAUAGUGUUUACGCCAGAAAUAUGAAAAUGAGCAAGAAAAAGGUCCAAAUAAUUCAUGAACUGAAUAAAAUUGUAAAAGGGUAUUUAAUUUUUUGUUGUUAAAAAUUCGGAAUGUUCCUUUUGUUGAAAAUUGUGACAUGAAAGCUUUUUUGAAUACGACCCCUGAUCUCUAUUUAUACGUCUGGCUGUGUAUUACAUAUAAGUUUGACAAAGUCUGAUGCCUUUGUAAUCUUAUUUGUGGUUAGUUUCGUCUUUCUUAAUUGCUGAUUUAAUAAUUUGUAAUACAUUGAAUAAAAAAGGACCAAUACAUGUGCUGAGCUUUUUCAUGACAUUUUGUUAAUCGCUAUCACAGUUUCUGGUUGCUAGGAUUGUCCCUCUUGUUGCCAUGGUAUUAAUGUUGAUGUAUUUAUUUUAAAUUGAAAACUAAGGUUUGACAAGAUUGUGUUGAUGUGCAAUAUAUAUUAUAACUAUGAUUUGUAGCUGUUACAUGUUGAAACUGCAUAUUUCGUUCAUUAUGUGAACCCUUAUUUCUGUUGUCUGUUUAGUUUGAAUGGCUUUUUAUCAACUUAAAUGAUAUGUUUUAUUUCUGUCCUUGUUGUAUGAGUACAUGUUUAUUUCAAAUUGAAUGUAAUGACGUGAACAGACUGACUGACAACAGUGUUUUAUGUAAAAAAAAUCAGUAGUCUCCAUUUUUCAUUUGGCUUAAACUUAAGUGAGCAUAUAUAUAUAUUUACAUUUUAAAAAUAUGCCUUUUAGUUUUAUUGGAACUGUGUCCUGCCUUUAUGAAGAUUCUGCAUUUAUGAAAUAAUGCUAAACAUGACAUUCCAAAAAGACACUUUGUCCUUUAAUUUAUCAACCUUUGGGACUCGAUGUUUACACAAUACAUGUUUAUAUUUAUAUAUAUAUUUACCUGGAUGUAAGUUUUAGGAAAACAACAAAUCACUUGAGACCUCAGUUAGAUUUUAUGAAAAGAUUUUAUGCCAUGUAGCCAUUGUAUUUUUGUAUAUUGUUGUAUAUGGUUGCUGUGCAAAUAUUUUUCAACAUUGAAUGUUUUAAAACAUACAAAAUCUGUGCUUAUAAGGUUUGUGCUCCUUGUUACUAUGGUGAUGGAAUCUGAUCUCAUCUUAUGAUUUGUUGAAUAAAAUCCAUUAUUUUUUGUGCUGAAUUUAUUUAUUGUUACAAAUAAAGUUUUUAAAAAUG